UCUUCCAGGCGGACAGACGGGAGCGCACCAACAGUCUGCCUGACUCUCCGACCACAUCGCACCUCUGUCCCGCCACGCUCGACUACUUUCUAGUCGCUCCCCUCUGUAGAGGAUAAAAGGGGGAUCCUUGGAACAAAACAAAAGGCUGACUGGGAAGAUUUAAGUUGCUAAUUCCUCCAUGUUGGCAUGGCUUAAUAACUAAGUUUCCUCUCUCAGCCGUUCUGCACAAGAGGAGGAGAGGAGCGGAACUUUCAGGGGACCUUUUCUUACACCGGAGUAACGGCUGGUUUUAACCCCCAGGAGGUCACACCUGCCACCGGCACCGUUUCUCUUCAGCGCUGCUGCGGAGGUGGAUGGUACGGUAUAACUUUUCCGCUCCAGUCGAACCCCGGUGUAAGAGAGGAGCAGUUUUAUGGUACCGGAGAGGGGAUGCGAGCCUCUCCUCCGUCUCGGAUAGCAGAGCGGCUAUGAGGAGAGAGGAUCACCUGCUGGGCUAAAGGAACAAGAGCACACCGCACCAACAGAAUGCGGGAACGGGGUCCUUGCAUUUGUGGAGUAGGUGUGUGGAGUCUACUGCUGUCCCUCUGUCUGGCCUCCCUCACACAGGCACACAGGAGCCACACAGUGCAUGUGAAGGCAGGGACGUGUGAGGUGAUCGCUGCCCAUCGCUGCUGCAACAAGAACAAGAUCGAGGAGAGAUCUCAGACAGUCAAAUGUUCCUGCUUUCCUGGACAGGUCGCUGGCACCACCCAUGCUAUGCCCUCCUGUGUUGAUGCCUCCAUUGUAGCCCAGAAGUGGUGGUGUCAGAUGCAGCCGUGUAUGGAUGGUGAGGAGUGUAAGGUUCUCCCAGACCUCACAGGAUGGAGCUGCAGCACAGGCAACAAAGUCAAGACCACAAAGGUGACCCGAUAGUCCUGCCCAUCUCAAGAAGAGCAGAAAUCACGGUGGAGUUACUUACACAGCACAAUGGACCUAUCAGUGGUGAGGAAAUGCGCUUGGACGGACUUCUAUGAGGGACCAGUAAUUGUUUCAUUUUUCUGAGGAUAUCAAAGAUGUGAAGGCUGAAGAGACAGGACUCUAACACCGUCUUCCAUCACCUUAAACACAACUGAGUGUCCUUGGUCCUCAACCGCAGAGGACUGCAUCUCCCACAAUCCUUUACUGCUACUACAAACAACAACUUCAAAAAGUGAACUAUGAUCUAAACAGCACUUAAUUAGAUGACAAAAAAACAACUUUCUUUACAACAAUCUGUAUUCUUCAUCUCUCUUUAUGGCUUAGUUGUGUUCCAUACUGGGAUUAACGGGGAUCUGGAUUUUAGACAGCUACCUGCAUUACAAAUGUCACAACAAAAAGAGGGGUGGGGAUACAGAAUGGCUGUCUCAUGUAGUCGGGUUGACACAUUUAAAUUUAACUGUGCCACAUACUGUAUGACACACUUGAUGCUGUCAAAAUGUUUCUCAGAAAUUAAACGGAACCUUUUUUUUUUUUCAGAUUUCACCUCCUAAGAAUAUUUUACCUUGAAUAGUUUGUGGCUUACCACAUGCCAUUUUUUAAAAUGGGGAGACAGUUUGUCAGUCUUCUUUUUUCUUUUGUUUUUUGACAAAGGACAAAAUCCUUUCGGGGUGACUGAGGUUAGACUAAUACCAAGUAGAUGUUAUGGUAUAUUGAAACAUGUAAACGUGUAAAAAAUGGUCCAUGGAAUCAACGGGGCUAAAAAUAAAUUGACGCUCUAAUGGUUUUAAUAUCUGUGUUUUUAAACGCCUGUUAACCGCUAUUGAGUACAUGUGUCAGUAUUAUAUGAAAUGAAUAAAACCUUUCAAA